AUAUUGUUAAAUUUAAUGUUGGUAUGUUGUUUUAAUUAACUUAAAAAAAUAAUAAUUAUCGUAAAAAUAAUAUUGCAAAUAAAAUUUAAGAAAAAUAAUAUUAAAAUAAAGUGAAAAUUAAAUAAAUUUAAUAAAAAAUAUAAAAAAGAUUUGUUAAAAAAAAUAAAAUUUAAAAAUUUGUAUAUCUAUACCUUACAUGAUUAUAAAUAUAUUUAAAAAGAAAAGUGAAUUUAUUAAUGAAAUUUAAUUUCUCAUUCUGAAAUAAAUUAUUAAUAAUUGUAUACAACAGCAAUGGAAUUCUAAUUGAUUAUAAUAUGUAUAAUUCUUUAUACGAGUCAAAUAAAUUUGGAUAACGUUUAGAGAAAAGGUGUGCGGUAAUGCGCUUAGGGGGCGCCCACGGUGGCGGAGACCCCCUAACAAUGAGCGCAGCGGGCAACGAUUAUGCAGAACUAUGCGAUUUAGGUCCAUCAAGAUGGAGUUCACGUGGUUAUCAUCCACCGCACAGUUCAACAUUAUCAGGGUCUUCUGUACCAGUAGCUGUAGGUACCCAUCAUCAUACAUCUGGUUCAGCUGGUUCAACUGGUGUAAUAUUACCACCACCGGGUGGUACAUUAGGUGUUGGUGGUAUAAGCGGCAGUUCACAUAUGCAUCUAUCACAUCACAGAUCAGACAGUUUCGAAGUAAACGAAGAUAUAACUGGUGGACAUGGCAUUGGUGUCGUUCCAUCAGGUACUGUAAGUGGGAGUGGCCCUUAUGGUAUAAGUGCACGUAUAGGAAACAGUACAAGUUCAUUACGUGGUCGUACAACUGGUUUAGGUACUGGAAGUGGUUCUGGAAGUGGUGUUGUUACUGGUGGUGCAUCUGGUUUAUAUUAUUCACCACCCGGUACAUCAUAUACAAUUGUAGAAAGACCACAUUCACCUCAUUAUUAUUACAAUACAUCGGCGACUGGUGCAACAAGUGCUCAAAUAAAAGGUGGUUCGUUGCCUGGUCGCGGUUCAUAUUUAACAUCAUCAUCAUCAAGUCAUAUACCAGGUGCGUUAGCGUCAUCUUCAAGUGCCACGGUAGCUGGAAGUUCUGGUACCGUAUCGAAUUCGACGCGACAUAUAAAUGGCAGCAACAAAAAGAGGCCAAUAUCACCCGAACAAGUAAUAAGAAUGUUUGGUGCAACAACCUCAUCAUCAGUUCCUACAAGUUAUCAUUAUAGCAACGGCACAAGGGAUCGUGGUAGACGGAGUCCAGCAAGUAGUCCACCAUCAACAACACAUCAGAUAUACCGAGAUCGAGAAAGAGAUCGUAGUAUACCAAAUAUACAUGAGUUAUCAACAAGAACUGUGUCAAUGUCAAGGGAUCAACAGCCAGAUGUUGGUCACGGUUUCGGUAUAUGUGUUAAAGGUGGAAAAGAUUCAGGUUUAGGUGUAUAUAUAUCAAGAGUAGAAGAAGGCUCGGUAGCUGAACGAGCUGGAUUACGUCCUGGUGAUACAAUCCUAGAAGUGAAUGGUACACCAUUCACUUCAAUUAGUCAUGAUGAAGCGCUUAAGAGAUGUGUGCAGAUAUUGAAAUCAUCACGUGAAAUCAGUAUGACGGUUAGAGCUCCACCAACAUUGAAUUCGACUGCCCCAUUACAUGGUUUUGGACCGCCCUCAAGAGAUCCAACAUAUGCAUCAACAACCGGUAUACCAAUACCACCAUCUGGUUCCCAAGGAGGUCAUGUAUUACACCAUGGGGCUGGAACAACAUCAUCAAUAGUACAUCAUCCAUCAGCGACUGCAUUAGGACCGAAUUCACCGCCAUUUCGACAAACAUGUUCCUGGAUGGAUAGACAAGGUAGACCUGCAUCACCUCCAAUGGAAUAUGGUGGAAGAAGGAGUGAUAGAAGAGAUAGAAUUAGACGUGUAGAAUUAUUAAUUGAACCAGGUCAAUCACUUGGUCUUAUGAUACGUGGUGGUGUUGAAUAUGGCCUUGGUAUAUUUAUAACUGGUGUAGAUAAAGAUAGUGUUGCAGAUCGUGCUGGUUUAAUGGUUGGUGAUGAAAUAUUAGAAGUGAAUGGUCAAUCAUUUUUAGAUGUAACACAUGAUGAAGCUGUUAGUCAACUUAAAUAUCAUAAACGUAUGUCAUUAGUUGUACGUGAUGUUGGUAAAGUACCACAUUCUUGUACCUCAAUUGAAUUAGAACCAUGGGAUGCGUAUAGUCCAACAGGAACCCGAGCGAGAAGAAAAUGUCAAAUAUCGGGUAUGGUUGAGGAGAAAGCACGUUCCUUACUGCCUAGACAUCAAUUUGCAAGUCUUUCGUAUUAUAUUGGAGAAUAUGGUGCGAGAGCAAUGACCAUAGAUGCCUUUGUUGCCGUCUUAUUAGAAAUGUUAGAUACACCUGAAAAACAUACUUUAGUUACUGAAAUUCGUGAAUUGGUUUUUCCCGAAGAUCGAACUAGAUACGACGAAUUAGUGUAUAGAAGAGAUCGGGAUGCCCUUAUAUAUGAUAGACAUAGGCGGAAAGGAGAUCCAAUUCAUACACAGGAGAUACCGGUAAGUUUUUUUGAUGAUUUUGAUUAUUAUAACGAUGGUUCCAAUAAUUAUUACAAUAUUAAUAAUAAUAACAAUAGUAGUAGUUACAAUGAUGAACACAUUUUUGGUUAUGAUUAUGAUUAUGAUUACUAUUAGAAUUAAAUUUUUUUUUUUUUUUUUUUGAUAUUAAUUAAUAAUAUUAAAAAAAUUUAUGCCUCUGUGUAUUUAGUUUUUAUAUUAUAAUUAUAUAUGUAUAUAUAAAUAAUGUAUAUAUUCAUAUGUAUGUACA